AUGUACUCCAUCUUUGCCAACUCGUCGGGCCCGGACUCAGCCGAGGACCUUCGCCGGACCGAAGUAUGGGCCACUACCUGCGCGAAGCUGAUCAAGGACCUCAAGAGCAACGCCGCCUCCAAUUUCAUCCGCACCGUCCUCGAUGUAUAUGCUGGCAUGCGCGAAUGGCCCGGCAAGUCCAAUCUCGAGCUCUAUCUCAUGCGCGUCCUCCAGGAUGGCCAGUUCCUUUUGGAAAAGGUAGACGAGUCCACGGCACGCACGAGCACCCAGCCGGUACAACGAAGCUCCAAGGACACCAUUGCCGCUGAUGAGUUUUUUGACAAGGCCGUGAAGCAUCUUUUCGAGGUCAUAGACGAUGAGCCUAGCGCUGGCGGCAUCCCCGAGGGUAUCCUAGAAAUCGGAAAUGCCAUACUCCGGAAAUUGGAAGAAGAAAAGAAUCUCCGCAAGGCUACCCAGAAUUUCUUUGUCUCUCGUUGGCUAUUUUCUACAUUCCUGUUGAAUGCCAUCAUACACCCUGAAACACAUGGCAUCAUGAUUGGCCAUCAUAUUAGCGAACUCGCCCGCCAGAGGAUCCUCAAGGAGAUAGCUAUCCGAGCGCAAAAAAUGGUCCUGGACAUGACCUACAAUUGGCGGCAGCAAGUUCCAGUUCUCCCGGAGAUACGUGUCCAUAUUGAGAACAUCUUGGCCAGGUUCAAGCAUACAAAAAGUCCGGCAAAACCCAUUCUGCUUCCUGCAAAGGCCAUUACCUCCCCCAGGGAGACCGUCGAGGUGCAACCUUUUAUUGUCCUCUCCCCAGCUGAUAUCAUCACCAUGGUAAAUGCCUUGUUUCCCGAGCGACGGCCAACGUCGAGCCAUCUCGACAAGGAGCGUCAACCGAGGACGGGCCCCACAUCCUCUGCUUCGUCACUUUCUGGUGUUUCUAUUCCCUUUCGAAAUGCCGCGGCCUCGACGGGUGAUGCAAGCUCCAUUUUGAGUGCCAGCGCUUCAUCUGUGACGAGCGACCAGACUUCUCGCGAGCCUCUGUUGGACAGCAGUUCGUCGACGAACAACAACUGA